UAGUGUGUUGCUUUUCAAAUUUCGAGAUUUAAUUAAAUCUUUUUUGAUAUAUCUUUUAAAUAUUUUGAAUUAUCACUCUUAUAAUUAUUGUGCCUUACAAUAUUAUCAGACCUCACUUGUGUGGAAUUUCAUUGAGUAUGUUGUAGUUGUUGGUUGUGAUUUGCAGUAUUGUUUAGGUAGUUUUUAAAUAUGUAUAUUUUGUUCCAAAAGUUUAAAGAUUCAGUGUUUGAAUUUACUGUCAAAAUUUAACUUUUUGACUCUUGAAAUUUGAACCGCAUAAAUUGGAACAUAGGGAGCAAUACAUUUGGAGUUUUAAUCACCCUUUGUUUGAUAAUUCAAGUUCCAGUGAUUUUAUAUAGAUUUUGUUUCAAAAAAUUUGAAGAUUUCAUGUUCAAAUUUACUGUCGAAAUUAAACUGUUUGACUCUUGAAAUUCAAACUAUGUUAUAUAAAUUGGAACAGAGGAAAUAAUAUAUAUGGAGUUUUAAUUCCCCUUUUGUUUGAUAAUUUCAAAUUCCUGUGAUUUUAUAAGAUUUCAUGUUUGAAUUUACUGUCAAAAUUAAAAUGUAUGACUCUUGAAAUUUGAAUUGUGCCACAUAAAUUGGAAAAUAGAGAGCAAUAUAUAUGGAGUUUCAAUUACCCUUUGUUUUGAUAAUUUCAAGUUCCAGUGACUUUAUGUAAAUUUUGUUUUAAAAAUUUUGAAGAUUUUAUGUUCGAAUUUACUGUCAAUAUUAAACUGUUUGACUCUUGAAAUUCGAACUGUGUUAUAUAAAUUGGAACAAAGGAAAUAAUAUAUAUGGAGUUUUAAUCACCCUUUGUUUUAACAAUUUCAAAUUCCAGUGAUUUUAUAAGAUAUCAUGUUCGAAUUUACUGUCAAAAUUAAACUGUAUGACUAUUGAAAUUCGAACUGUGACCAUAUAAAUUGGAACAUAGAGAGCAAUAUAUAUAUGAAGUUUUAAUCAUCCUUUGUUUUGAUAAUUUCAAGUUCCAGUAAUUUUGUAAGAUUUCAUGUUCGAAUUUACCGUCAAAGUUAAACUGUAUGACUCUUGAAAUUCGAACUAUGUUAUAUAAAUUAGAACAAAGGAAAUAAUAUAUAUGGAGUUUUAAUUACCCUUUUGUUUGAUAAUUUCAAUUUCGAGUGAUUUUACAUUAUAUUUUUGUAUGAACAAUCUACUAUAUAGUAGCCUUGAGGUUCUUGGAUUCAGAAAACACCAUAAAGAUUUGAUCUUUAUAAGAUUCUAGAAGCUUGUAGCAUUCGUCUGGCCAAAAAUUUGUUUCUUUGUUUUAUCUUUUACCUCUUAUUGGGGGAGGUGAUUAGACAUGACAUGACAUGACGCAGUUUCAUCUUAUCGAGGAUAUGAAUUCAGAUAGGAGGUUGUGGAGAGCAUAUAUUAAGGGAUCUUUCGGAAUUCGGAAACAACCUCUCUACUUCAUUCUGAGGUAGUGGUAUGGACUGCGUACACUUUUCCUCCCCAGACCCAACUUUGUGAGAAUAUACGGAAUCUCCCUGUUUGAGCCUUGGAGCAUAUUGGAGAUAUGAAAUGGACUUUUUACGCUGCCUAAGGGACUGAAAUGGAUGUGCAAAAGUAUCUCUAUUUUUAACAGCAGGAUGACAAUGAGGAAAUUAUUGCGGAAAAUAAUUGUUAUUCUGUUAUUCAGAAUUGACUGGAAGAAUAUGUUUUUCAUUGGUGCUAUUUUGACAGUAUUUAGGGUAAUGUUUCAAAUUUCUUCACUUCCUUAUCCUCUUACUGAAUGGAUCCUCUUCCCAUCAUUGGAGAUUUCAUCUUCUCAAAGUUUGAAUCACGAAAAGAACUUAAUGGAACUUCCAGUGAGUCCAGAUAACCGGUUUAGCUUUAGUCACCAUGCCGCUGUAGUUGUUUCACUCAAUUCUACAGACGGACUGAGUCAAAGACUGCAAGUUCUGGAAAGACGAGAGCAAGUUUCGACACAGCAGAAACGUAGGAAGCAUGUGAAUGCAGUAGAUACAGUUAUUUCCCCUUCUCCACCUGUUAGAAGCGUGUCCAACCAUAUGCUGAGUUACAUAGCAUCUUUGACUCCAGAUGAGGCACUUGCAUAUGCCAAAAGAGAGAUUGAGAAUGCACCACUAGUUACCGACGAUCAGGAUUUGUAUACUCCUCUAUUUAGGAAUGUAUCCAUCUUUAGGAGGAGCUACGAGUUGAUGGAGCUUAUACUCAAAGUUUACAUCUACAAAGAAGGGAAAAGGCCGAUUUUUCAUCAACCUAGAGGAAUUUAUUCAUCCGAGGGAUGGUUCAUGAAGCUGAUGGAGGAUAGUCACCAGUUCGUGACAAGGGAUCCACAAAAGGCUCACCUGUUCUAUCUGCCAUAUAGUGCACGUCAGUUGCAAAGAGCACGAUAUGUGCCUAACUCACAUAAUCUUAAGCCGUUAUCAAUGUUCCUGCGGAACUAUGUGAACAUGCUAGCUGCGAAGUAUCCUUUCUGGAACUGCACACGUGGGUCAGAUCACUUUCUUGUUGCUUGCCAUGAUUGGGGACCUUACACUCUAAAGGACCAUGAGGAGCUAAGUAGAAACACUAUAAAAGCUCUCUGCAAUGCAGAUAUAUCUGAAGGAAUAUUUGUUUCUGUGAAGGAAGUUUCCCUUCCUGAGACCACUAUAAGUAAUCCCAGGAGGCCUCUUAGAAACCUCGGUGGAAAAAGAGUGUCACAACGCCCAAUUCUUGCCUUUUUUGCUGGAAAUAUGCACGGUCCGGUACGUCCCAAACUCCUCAAGUAUUGGAGAAACAAAGAUGAAUCAAUAAGAAUUUAUGGGCCUUUGCCCCAUAGAGUCUCAAGAGUUAUGUCUUAUCCUGAACACAUGAAAUCAAGCAAGUACUGCCUUUGUCCGAUAGUUUAUGAAGUGAACAGCCCGAGGAUUGUUGAGGCAAUAUAUUAUGAGUGUGUUCCGGUUAUCAUCGCUGAAAAUUUCGCCCUUCCGUUUAGUGAAGUUCUUAACUGGAGUGCCUUUUCUGUGGUUGUUUCUGAGAAAGAUAUUACUAGGCUAAAGGAUUACCAGGCCAUGCAAAGUAACGUUAAGAUGGUGUAGAAGCAUUUUCUUUGGAACUCAACACCGACUAGAUAUGAUCUGUUCCAUAUGAUUUUGCAUUCAAUUUGGUUUAGCAGGCUCAAUCAGCUCCAAGUAUCACAAAUAUCAUAAUUCCUCGAGUUCUAGUUUUUCCAAUUUGGUGGUCUAUUGGAUUUGGAUUUAUGACGUUUAGAGGCUAGAGCUGAUCAAUUCGGAUGUGGAUAUACAAAAACCUUUUCAAGAGCUGCAGCCGGUUCAGUUCUCUUAGUGGGCGUUUGGGGACAUUCCAAAUAUUUUUCACUUUAUUUGGAAUCUAUGAAGUUGGAGUUAAAGAUGGAAUUGGUUUGGUUAUACUUUUCGCAAAGGAGAGAGGAGAACGCUUUAUUUGGAAUUUAUGAAGAUCGAGUUGAAAAACAGGCUUGGAGCACUUCUCCAAAUUUGGAAUCCAACUCCAAAUUGAAUAGGUUGUUGUUGUUAUUGUUUGUAGGGAAAAAGAAAUCGCGUUUGAACUUUUGCCCAAACAUCAUGGCUAGCAUUUCACAGAUUUCCGACAUACUGAACUACUACUUGAAAUGAUCUCAAGUUUGAUGUUUUUGAAACUACUAAAAGUGUGCUGAUGUUGAAAUAGUCGGUGUAUCUCUAUGAUGUCUAUGCAAGCAACAGAGUUACUUUGAGAAAGAAAGAAGGAUGAGGGGGAGAACACGGAGAAGAAAGAAACGGAGAAAAAUAAAAGUACGGAAAGAAAAAGUGAAGUGAACAUUUUCCACAUUCUGCCGCACUCCUUUGUUGGCUAUGUUAUGUCUUCAUCGAUGUUUACUAAGUUUUGACAGUUGAUACUGACGUACACGCUAACUUUCUGCGUGUUCCCAGAGGCAAAAGUAUAGCGCCGGAGAGAUGAGUACGAUCUUUAUCUUCUUUCUUUGUUUAUGCACACAUAAUUCGAGUCAAAAACAGUGAGUUCAGUUGAGCUCAUAAAACUCGUAGUUCAGAUGAUAAAAUUAUCUAUUUUAGAAUUCAUUUUUGUGUAUGCAUAUAAGCUCAAAAACAGUUAAUAUGCAUCUGGCAUCUGGGUUGAUGCAUAUAAGAUGAGAUGGCCCCUUUAGACACCUUCAAAAUUUAUGUGACAUGCCAGCGUCGAGUGACCAUGAGACAUAGUGCGGACGAGUUGAAGUGUCUAGAUGUGCAGUCUCACAAUUAGAGUGUUUACUUGUUUGUUGACGUUAAAGUUUAAGUCCCUAUCUUUUUAUUGUAUAUAUAGCAGAUGUUAAAUCCC